AAAUUUCUUAGAUCGUACUUUGACCAUAAUUCACGUCACGCAAGUAAAGAUGGCUUCCGUGAAUAGUCCCAAGGAUGUCUUAUGUUUAUUUGACGUGGAUGGUACAGUUACUCCGGCCAGAUUGGUUGUCACCGCAGAAAUGAAAGAGUUCAUGAAGAAGCUUCGCACAAAGGUUGUCGUCGGUUUAGUUGGUGGAUCUGAUUUUCAUAAAAUUCAAGAACAAAUGGGAGGAGACGAUGUGACGAGCCUGUAUGACUAUGUGUUUUCGGAGAAUGGUUUGGUAGCUUACAAGAACGGAGAGCUGAUUCAUAAACAGAGUAUCAAGGAAUUUAUGGGUGAAGCAAAGCUUAAGACUUUCAUCAAUUUCUGCUUAAAAUAUAUUGCUGACCUGGACAUUCCUAUGAAGAGGGGAACUUUCAUUGAGUUUCGAAGUGGCAUGUUAAAUGUGUCACCUAUUGGACGAAACUGCUCCCAAGAAGAAAGGAUAGCCUUCUUUGAGUACGAUAAGGAACACAAAGUUAGGGAAAAGUUUGUGUCAAUUUUGCGGGAAAAAUUUUCUGAUUAUGGACUCCAUAUCAGUAUAGGAGGUCAGAUAAGUUUUGAUGUCUUUCCAAAAGGCUGGGACAAAACAUAUUGCCUGAGACAUGUUGAAGGUGAUGGUUACCAAAAAAUUCAUUUCUUUGGGGACAAAUGCUAUGAGGGAGGGAAUGAUUAUGAAAUCUACAUGGAUGAGCGAACUGAAGGACACAAAGUGACAUCACCAGAUGAUACUAUGAAACUAGUGAGGGAAAUGUUUUUUAGUAGUUAGUGGUUAUGAUUUAACACUAUGUUAGAAACAAAAUGCCUGUUAUCAUCAGUUGUGAUAUGAUAAGACAAUAAUGUUAAUUCUGUAUGAAAAGAAAAUUUUAAUAAAAUUGAUUCAGAGAAGUUA